AUGUUAGGUAUAACAUCAAUUGUUAGUGGACAUCUAUGGAUAGAUAUGAUUUUAUCAAUUGAAUCUUAUUUUGAUUUUUGUUUUAAUUCUCGUUCAUUUCUCAACAAUUUAAAUAACUAUGAAAAUAUAACAUUAUUAUAUAAAUUUCAAAAUUCAUCGAAAUUUAUUUCAAAAAAACAUCUUAUUCUUUAUGAAAAUUUUAAUUGCUGUAUGAGAGAUGAUGAAGAUAAUAAAUUAAGUUGUUUAAUUAAUGAUAGACAUCGAGUAAAAUGUCUCAAUAAAAGUAAAUGUUUAUCAUCAUUACAUACUUUUGAUGAUUGUCCAUUUAAUGAAAAUCAACUUGAAAAGAAAAUUUCAUUUCAAAAUAUUUGUGACGGUUUAGGAGAUUUUUUUUUGAAGAUUCAAAUGAUGAAAUUCGUACAAAUAAAUCUAGUAGGUUAUCGUUUACUACAAAUUGUAGUACCAUAA